AUGUCCAGGGAUCUCACAAUCAUUCCGAAGCCCGACACGGUCACUGUCGACUUUACCGUACCCAGCGAAUGCUCGCUGGUCCAAGAAGCACAAGCAUAUCUGCGUCCCGUAUCAUCCACCGCCAAUCGUAUCGCCCAAGCACUUUCGCUUCACGUUGCCUCACCUUCUCGAGGGGCGGGUGGAUCCAGCAACCCCUAUGAGUUUGCGUUCACUCGCGAGGGUUGCUCACCUGUCAUUUCCCUCAUGUUGAACAGCGAGCACUAUUUCGCCUACAUCACGAGAGCGCACAGCUGGCUCAAAGCUGGGCGUACAUCAUCCAUAGUCGCCAUUAUGCCAGAGUCAACAACCACCAAAGAUGAGGCCCGUACGGAGCUAGGUCGGCAGGCCUUUAGCGAACCACACAGGAGCACAUGUGUCGAGUGCUCUCUACUCGACGAUCAAGAGUUGUUGACCAAAGCCCAAACGACAGCUGUAGACAUGGCGUCUACGCUCGGGCUACAGCAGUCCAAACUCAGAACCGAGAUUCAACCGAGCCUGGCGGAGCUGGAAGAGAACAACGACAAAGGAUGGGAAAAAGUUCAGAGUUUUGUCUCUGAUGCUAUUACCAGCACCUAUGGGGAAUCAGUCGACCAUCCCGCCGAACUCAUUGACCUCUCCAGCAUGAUGCUCGACGGUUUGCAAGAGGAGAUCAACCCAGAAAGAUCCGUGCCGUUCCCUGUAGACACGCUUCGCGCCUUCGGGAAUAGGAAGCGUUCAUCUAUUCUCACAACGCUUGGGCGAUUCUUAUGA